AACACUAUUUUCUAUCUUUCCUGAAAGUUUUAUCAAGUUUGGACUUGAUUUUGAAUCAUAAUUUUUUAAAAAAGAUCAGUUAAAAAUUAAGAAAGAUCCAGCAUGCAAUCUGUGGAAGCAGCCAUAAGUAAAUUUUCCUAUUGGAUUUAAAAAUAGAAAUAGAAAUAAAAAAACAUAGUUUCACGAAAGAAGUAAAAUGCUGUGAAUGAACGAUUUAUAAGUGUUUGUGACUUUUCCGAGUUUAAUGAUUUUCAUGUUAAUGAAUUUUCUUUUUUCCUCAAACGUUCUAAAAUUAGAGAGUAUCAUAUUAUUUUGUAUGUAAAAAGCAAAAGAAAAAUUUUCAAGUUCAUUUAAGAAAAGCUGAUGCAAAUAGUUCCUGUUUUCAUUCAUUUCAAAGCAUUUGUGGCGAACAGAUUAAGUUUAAGUCUUUAAAAAUGGGCAAGAUAUCAGCGGAAACGCAGUCCAAAUUUAGUGUAGUUCCAAUCCAUCAUUUCCCAGAGCUUAUAAAUCAAACAAUUAAGUUAAUUAAUGAGGAAUGGCCACGAUCAAUAGGUGCACGAUUACAUUCACUUACAGCAUCAAAAGACUCAUUACCAACAUCAUUAGUGUUAAUUAAUCUAUCAAAGAAUAAAAGUGAUAAAAAUACAAAUGAUCCAACAGUGCUGGCUCAUGUAAAAUUGACGCCUAUUCCUGCCUUACCGUAUGCCUGUUUCAUAGAAUCUGUUGUUGUUUGGAAGAGUUUAAGGGGUCAAGGAAUUGGAAAGUAUUUAAUGAUUGAGGCUGAAAAGUACUGUAAAGCAAGCUUAAGAAUUCAUGAAAUCUAUUUGUCCACAACUGACAAAGAGGAUUUUUAUCAAAAGCUUGGAUAUGAGUCGUGCGAACCCGUAUCAAUAUUCGGAGGACCUUGUAACUUUCCAUUUCGACCAGCCGUAACAAAGAAAAAGUAUAUGAAAAAAGUGAUCGUCGAGGAACAGCCAGACGAGAAACAAUGAAGAAAUUCUUUAUAUGUUAUACAUAUUUGUGCCUGCCCGAUUGUAUAUGUUAUUACUAAUUCUGUAUCUCGCCAUCAUCUCUCAUACAUACACUACUAUCGAUCAUCAUGUGUUUCUUCACUUUUUGGACUGGAUAUUCUAUCGAUGAUGGAAUUCCAGCACGAAAACUCAAGGCCAAGAAAGUCCAAAAAAAGGAUUUAAUUGACAAGUAUUAUAAAGUCGUUCCGAUCCACAAACAACCGAACUUACUUGACGAGACAAUAAAAUUAAUUAAUUCAUUUUGGCCCAAAUCCCGAUCCGAGAGACUAUCCAUUUUGGGAUCGAGCAAAGAUGACUUGCCAAUGUCAUUAAUCAUGACUUUCGUAAAUAGCAACAAGUCAAAUACCACGAAAGAAAAUGCAAUAAUUAAUGACAUAUUUUUCAAUUCACAAAAUAUUGAUGCACCAAUGAUUUGUCAGGAAACUGGAUCUAAAAUCAACGUGCUGGGACAUUUAAGAUUAGUUCCAGUUCCUGCAGAUGAUAAAGCAUGCUUUAUUGAGUCGAUGAUUAUUCGACAUGAGUUUCGAGGCAAAGGUUUAGGGUCAUUUUUCAUUCAACAGGCUGAAAAGUUUUGUGAGGAAGUGCUGCAUCUUAAAAGUAUCUUCUUAUCAACAUACGAUAGUGGUGAAUUUUAUAUGAAAAUUGGAUUUAAUUUAACUAAUGCAAUAUGUGUUUAUGGAAAUGGUGAAGUCAAUAAUGUAUCGAAAAAGAUUUACUUAAAGAAAGACUUGAAUUACAUCGAACCUGAAAUAAUUGAAGAGGAAGUAAAGGAUGUCUAUGAUCCAACAAAAGAUUAUAAUUAUAAUCAACAGUUAACAAUGGAAAAUGACAUAGUGCUGAGUGGAUUUCCUUUCAAAAUUGAACGUCCUAAAAGUUUCGUCGACCGACUGUGUUCAAUGCUUGAUUUUAAGCAGCAAGAUAUUAAAUAUUAUUAUUCAUAUGAAAUUUUUAAGCGCGAAAAGGAAACGAGAAGCUUUCACAUUAUGAUAUGUACUGUGUCACACGAUGCUAAGCUUGAUUUGCUGGAUAAAUUGAGGAAUUUUGGUGUGAUGUGCUUUCAAGACUUUUUCGAACGUCCUGUGGAUGAAUAUGACAAUACUUUAAUUAAACAUUCGAUGCGUUAUACAAACUUAAAUUAUAUUAUUUUAAAGGAAUUAACAAAAUUAAAAGCUGAUCGGUGGAUUGCUGACUAUAAGUAUGAGAAUUGUCAAUUUCAAGCUAAUCAAAAUGAGCAGUGGAUUAUUGUGAAAAAUUUAGUAAUUGUUGAAUUAUUAAGAACGCCAGAGAUCCCUGAUGUACCUGACGAUACAAUAGAAAUGUGGGAUGAAAAUGAAGAGGAACUGGAUCUUGUUGAUCAUCUCGCAAAGUUGAAAGAAUCUUUCAAGAAAAUUACUGAUGAUAAUUGGUGGACUACAUUGAGACGUCCUUCUGAAAUUAAAUUAGAACCACUUUACAAUGAAACAUGCAGAAUGCAAAAAUAGAAGUGGAAUCAACAAGUUGUCAUCACGAAGAAGAGUUAAUCAAAAAUCGCUGGGUUAACAAAGUUCGCUGUUCAAAUAAUGCAAUUAUAUUAGGAUUAGAUCUAAAUGAUUAUUAGCUUAAUUAUAUUUAAAUAAUUUUAAGAGCAUAGGCGAG